AUGUCGUGGGCAGGGUUCAAGAAAAAUGUCGGCCGCGCCACGACGCAGGUAAUGAUGAAGACGGGCCAUGUGGAACGAACGAGUGACCGCGACUAUGAGAUUGAGGAACGUGUACUGGAGCUGUUCAAGGUGCUGACGAAGGAGGGUAGACGGUAUCGGACAAUGGAGACGGCGGCUGGUCGACUGCAAAAAGAGGCGAAGGGAUAUUUGGAUUCGUUACGAGCCAUGACCGCUUCUCAAAUGCGUAUCGCCGAGACCAUCGAUGCUUUCUACGGUGACGCGGGCACAAAGGAUGGCGUGAGCCGGAGCUACAAGCAGGCUGUGGAGGAUUUGGAUGCGGAGACGAUCAAGGCAUUGGAUGGACCAUACCGAACGACCGUCCUGGACCCCAUCUCCCGCUUUUGCGCCUACUUCCCCGACGUCAACGAAUGCAUCAAAAAGCGCAACCACAAACUCCUCGACUACGACGCCAUGCGCUCCAAGGUGAAGCGACUAGUAGAGAAGCCCGACAAGGACGCCUCCAAGCUGCCACGCACGGAGCGUGAAACCGAAAUGGCCAAACAAGCAUACGAACAGCUCAAUGAGCAGCUCUUCACCGAACUGCCCCAACUUAUCGACCUGCGCGUCCCCUAUCUCGACCCCAGCUUCGAGGCCCUAGUCAAGAUCCAGCUGCGUUUCUGUGCAGAGGCCUACUCGCGCAUGGCCCAGGUGCAGCAGUAUCUGGAUGCCGAGACCCGCGACCAGUAUGCGCGGGGCGACUUGGAUAAUCGCGUUGAGGAGGUCCUGCAGGAGAUUCGCGAUCUUAGCAUUGCUGGCACUGUCUGA